AUCAGUGCCCAACAGUGCCACCUACCAGUUCCGCCCACCUGUGCCCAGCAGUGCGCCCUCAUGUGCCCAGCAGUGCACCCUCAUGUGCCCAGCAGUGCACCCACCUGUGCCACCCAUCAGUGCCAUACACCUGUGCCCAGAAUCAGUGCCCAGCAGUGAUGCCAGUCAGUGCCACCUAUCAGUGCUGUCUAUAAGUGCCACCUAUCAGUGCCGCCUAUCCGUGACACCUCAUUAGUGCUGCCUAUCAGUGCCGCCUAUCCGUGACACCUCAUUAGUGCUGCCUAUCAGUGCCGCCUAUCAGUGCUGCCUAUUAGUGCCCAUCAGUGUUGCCUAUUAGUG